AUGGAGUUCGCAGCUGUGCCGGAAAAGUUUACAAGGGAUGGAAAUACCGACCAUCAGGGUAUAGUUCGAGCGAUUGCCAGCACACGAUUAUUCAAUUAUGGAACAGCAGGAUUCCGUGCUUUAGCGAUCGAGCUUCCCUUUCUCAUCUACCGGAUGGGUUUUUUGGCUGGAAUACGAUCUAAGCUGCUGGGUAAAGGAGUUGGUUUGAUGAUAACUGCGUCGCAUAAUCCAGAAGAAGAUAAUGGUGUAAAGAUAAUUGACCCUAUGGGAGAAAUGCUUGAAAUGAAGUGGGAAAAGCUAGCUACCGAUCUCGUUAAUUGCAGUGAUGGAGAAUAUGAAAAGAUGCGAUCGCAGUUAUGGAAAACUUACGUUGCUGAAUCGCAUAGUUCAGGUGAAGUGCUGUGUGGUUACGACACACGUCCAAGUUCAGUGCAUCUUUCAGAAGCGGCACGUUGUGGUAUCGAGUCUGCUCAUUGCAAGUUUCAUUUGCAUGGUUUACUUACUACACCGCAACUCCAUUACAUUGUACGCUGCUUUAAUGACAAGACCUACGGUGUUCCUUCUGAAGAGGGCUACUACCAGAAAUAUUCCCAGGCGUUCAACGAGUUGUUGGAGGUAAUGAAUUCGUCAGAGCAGCACAGUGAACCAUUAGUUGUUGAUUGCGCUAACGGGGUGGGGGCUUUGAAAUUAAAAAAUCUGCUGAGUCGUUUGAAACCAGGUGUCAUCAACUGGUCAUUACUAAAUACAAAUGGCGUUUUAAAUAAGGAGUGCGGAGCCGAUUACGUAAAGUUAGAAGCUAGAUUCCCAAAAGGUUUCUCUUCUGUAUCAAAGAAUAAUCGCUGUGCGAGCCUUGAUGGGGAUGCGGAUCGGUUGUUGUAUUUUUUUCAAAAUGAUGAAGGCAAUUUCGUUCUUCUGGAUGGCGAUAAAAUUGCGACUUUAAUUGCCAAAUUCUUCGAAGAGCACCUCCAUGCUUCUGGCUUGUCUGAACAGUUUUCAAUUGCCGUAGUGCAAACUGCUUAUGCUAACGGAGGUUCGACGCGUUAUAUUAAGGAGACACUAGUACAUUUCAUGUUUAUUGCUCCUUUUGAUUCUUCUCAUAAGGUAAAUACAGCAAUGGUUCCAACUGGAGUGAAACACCUGCACCACGAAGCACUAAAAUACGAUGUUGGAAUAUAUUUUGAAGCAAAUGGCCAUGGCACAGUGGUAUUCAGUGACAGAUUGACUUUGCAUUCUUUAUUAGCCCCAUUCAGGGGAAAUAACGAAGAAAAAAUUGAACUUAAACGCCUGCGUCUCCUCGUAAACCUUAUCAACGAUGUUGUUGGGGAUGCAAUGUCUGACCUUCUUACAGUUGAGGCUUUGCUUAUGCAUUACAAGUGGUCCGUAGUCGACUGGGCAGCUAAACUGUACUCAGAUCUUCCAAGUUGUCAACUUAAAGUAAAGGUCAGAGACCGCUCGUUAUUUAAGACCACUGUCGAUGAGACAAGAUUAACUUCACCAUCGUCGCUACAGCUAGAUAUUGAUAAAGCAGUGUCUAAGUAUCAUUCUGCAAGGUCCUUUGUCAGGUAUUCUUAG